UUUGUUUCAUUGAAGACGAUGAUGAACUAUCAAUUCAGAAUUAAAAUGAUAGUCAACAAUCAUUUUCAGGAAGUAUAUAUGGCUAUGCUGGGAAUCAAUUCUCUUCUGAUCAGAGAAAUCACAUUUCUACUUAUCUUUCCUAGCAAUCUCAACAUACACAAUCCAUAAAUCUAUUCUGAUUAUUAAAAUCUUUGAAAAUGGCAGCUUCCAACCAAACUCAACGCAUUUUCAUGACUGGCGCUACCGGUUACGUCGGUUCCAUCAUCACAGAACUCGCCAUAGCACAAGGCUAUAAAGUACAUGGGUUAUCUCGAGCUGAGUCUGGAGACGCCAAGUUACUCAAAGCUGGUGCGGUACCAGUACGUGGGGACCUUACCAGCCUUGAUACCCUGCGUAAGGAAAGCUCCGAGGCAGAUAUUGUUUUGCAUCUUGCAACUGCCUAUAAUCGAAGAAGUCCCGGCGGUUAUGAUGCCGCUUGGCCAACCGACAAGGCCGCAAUUGAAGCUAUUGCAGAUGGAUUAGAGGGAUCCAACAAACCAUUAGUUGUAACUGGUGGUGCGCUAUUCGUUGCUCCAGAUCCAAAUGGUGGAGAGACUACCGAAAUGUCUCCGAUGGAUUCAAAUCCUUUCAAUACUCGAGGUAAAUCUGAACCUCAUGCCCUUGAUUUGGCGAAGAAAGCUAUUCGAGUUAUUGCCAUACGUCUGGCUCCAUGGGUCUAUGGAAGAGGGGGUAGUGGAGUCAAGUUAUUCAUGGAUAUGUCUAAGAAGUCUGGCGCAGUAACAUGUGUCGACGGUGGAAAAAGUCGUACAUCGACCGUUCAUGUGGACGAUGUGGCUCGACUUUAUCUGUUAGCUGCUCAGGAAGCUAAAUCGGGGGAGAUUUUCAAUGCUAGUUCGUCUACCGUUGUUACUUUCCAUCAAAUUUGGGAGGCUAUGGCUACUGCAUUGAAUUUGCCAUUGAAAGAUCUUUCCAUGCAAGAAGCUACUGGGACGGUAGGCCCGGUUCUUGCAAAAUUUAUCUCAACAGAGAAUAGGGCAUCUGGAGCUAAGGCUAGAAAUGUACUAGGGUGGAAGCCGAGCGACGCUAAUAUACUGGAAGAGAUCCGUUCUGUGGCUUCUCAAAUCUAGGAGUUGUAGUGAGUGCACCAUGAGGCCUUGAUGGAGAACAGCCUCAAGAAUAUGUAUUAGAAUGUAGCUAUUGAUUUAAAUCAUUUGAUCUUCAAAAUCAGGCGCA